UUUCAUUUUCACAUAUAUAAUAGCAAAAACCAGAGAGUUCAAAAAAAAAAAAAAAUUGAAAUCGAAACGAAAAAAGCUAUGAUGAAUCCAAAAAUUCUCAUCGUGUUCUUUCUUCUUCUGAAUCUCACAUCAAUUUCAAUCCAAAACCCUAACCCUAAACCUAAAAUCCCCAAAUCGAUUCCAACACCUGCUCACGUUGAGCUCGCCAGUUAUGGUUUCCCCGUCGGUCUUCUUCCGGCAACGACCGUCUUAAGCCAUUACAUCAAUCAUACUUCCGGUGAUUUCGCCGUUAAGCUUGGUGGCGCGUGUAAAAUCACGCUUCCACCUGAUAACUAUGUUGCAACUUACUCUGAUACAAUUACGGGGAAGAUUGUGAAAGGUAAGAUUGCUGAGCUUGAUGGAAUUAGGGUUCGUGCUUUCUUUAAGUGGUGGUCGAUUACCGGAAUUCGAUCUUCCGGUGAUGAUGUUGUUUUUGAAGUUGGGAUGGUUACUGCUAAGUAUCCUUCCAAGAAUUUUGAUGAUAGUCCUGCUUGUGAGGGUCAGCACUCUGCUUUUUGAUGAAAAGGGUAUUAGCUACUUAUUCCCAGCUUAUGUGGGUAAGUAAUAAUGCCAUGAAAUCCAGUUCCACUAAGUGAAGAUAAUCUAGAAGCAGCUAAUAAUAGGCUAGUGUUUUUUUUAUGUAAUGGAAUCUAUGCUACAAAGAAUCUACUUUGAUGCAACUUGUGUGUGUAAUGAGACCACUUUGAACGUAUUUUAUUUGAUAUUCUCUGUUGUCAUGUAUAUAUUAUGAAUUAUGAUGCAAUAGUAGUAUGAUUUGCCUUUUUAAAGUUAGAAAGUCAUGCAAAUUAAAUAUUCUUCACUUUUUCCUUGUGCUGAUAUUGUAAUGGCCUAAUGAUUUGCUUGGUGAAGAUGAAAAGUAAAAGAAUGAAAGUUUGGGGUGUAUUGAGUAUUA